CAUGGGCCCGGCGCGGUACUGCGUGCCUGGUGAGAGACUCUGCAGCCUAGAGGAAGGAACUCCUGGCAGUGGCACCUACACCCGUCAUGGCUCUAUAUAUGCCUCUCUGGCAGGUUGUUUCAUGAAGAAAAGUGAGAAUGGCAUGCUGCCAGUGGUCUCUGUAAUGAGGGAUGUAGAUUCUCAACUUCUACCUGAUGUGGGGGCCACAGUGACAUGCAAGGUUUGCAGCAUUAAUUCACGUUUUGCAAAGGUCCACAUCUUGUACGUCGGCUCUACACCACUGAAAUCCCCAUUCCGUGGAACAAUACGGAGAGAAGAUAUCCGAGCUACAGAAAAAGACAAGGUGGAGGUUUACAAGAGUUUCCGCCCAGGAGACAUUGUUCUGGCUAAAGUUAUCUCAUUGGGGGAUGUACAAUCCAACUACCUGCUGACAACAGCAGAGAAUGAGCUGGGUGUAGUGGUGGCUCAUAGUGAAGCAGGAGUACAGAUGGUGCCAAUCAGCUGGUGUGAAAUGCAGUGUCCCAGCACACAUGCCAAGGAACUGCGUAAGGUAGCCAGGGUGCAGCCUCAGUUUCUACAGACCUAAAUGGUACAUACCAAGAUGUACAACAGGUACUGGGA